CCCGCGAUAACGCUUAUCACUCGGCAUUCCGUUCCUCCCUCGGUGGUAACGCGAUAUUGUAAUUUCAUAACGUUUCAUUUAAUAACCAUCGUAUCCCCUCAGUGUACACGAAACGCGCGGACGAGCAUCACCUGCGCCCAGACAUCGGUCAGCGAAUACUGUUCCGUGACGACGACAACAGCAGCUGCUGAACCCCCUCCCCCCCUGCAGACAGCGGUCGACGUUCGAGUGACAAAAACCGUCGUCCGAGAAGGCAAACAGCACCGGAGACUCCUCGAUUUUAUUGGUUUUAAAACAAAUCCUAAGUAAUAAUGACUCUGUUAAAAACCUUUUGGACACCAAUUAUUGUAUAUCCUGAUGUGAAAACUGGAUGCAAAUUUGUAGCUGCCUACACAAUUGCAAUAUCCAUUUUUUUGAUGGCACUAAUUGUACAUAUGCAAAAUGGCGGUGAAUCAACUCAAAUGUAUAAUCCAUUUUUUGAAACAAAUUUACGUGAACUAAAUUAUUAUGUGGUUUACACUUUAAUGUUUUUCGCCUAUAUGAUUGGUUCAUCACUGUUGCUACUGAAAGGCUUAACCAACAAUCUCCGAGGAUUUUUAUUACCAUGGUUAAUUGGUAUGGGUUUUGUUGUCAUUUUUUUGCUAGUUUGGUCCAUUUGGUUGCUGUACGGGUAUUAUAUUUAUAUUCACAUGGUAUGUGCUGCAGUCAUUUAUUGGAUCGUUGCUGCUAUGCAAUUUUAUUGCUGGUUAUGUGUUUAUACACAAUAUCGAGUGAUCUACGAAAUGCAAUCUCCUAACAUUGAACUUCUCAUAUUCUAAUGGACUUCUCACGUAUUUGCAACUUUUAAUCAUUAAGCAUUUUUGUAUUAUUACUUUCUACAUAAAUAUAUUUUUUUUUCAACGUUUUCUUUAUUAAUUUAAAAAAA